AUGCGUGAACGAUUGAUACCCCUGGUGCCGAGGUUGCUCUCAUUCACGAAGAUAGCACCAUGUUCCUCCAACUCAAUACACUGGGGAUUCCAACAUGUCCGCGGUCUUCGAACGAACCACUUCACCAAUAGCGAGAUUCCAUUGAGAUCAGGCCGACCGGUCACUACAUCGAGUCGAAGACUCAAUUUCGACCAUGAGAUCCGACCCCCUGAUGAGAUUGAUCGACAAAUCACGUUCAAACAGCAAGUGUUUGACCACUCCAUCGCCCUAUCGCGAAGUCGUAUGAAUGACUCUACUGAGUUACGAUGUGCGCUCUUCAAUGCAGAUGGCUCGAAUGUAUUCCACAAGACUCGUCUCACGAAAGCAGAAAUCGCUCAGCAAUACGGAGUGGAUGGCCGGGAGCUGCGGAACGCCGAUUUGAGGUCCGAGGGUAUUCCGCAUAUCUUGGUCCGCCCUUCUACAAUAUUUCUCAGUAUAUUUACCCUCCGUCUUCUCAUCCAAUCGGAUCGUGUGCUUGUAUUUCUUGUCGACUCCGAGGGAGAUCAUGAUGGUGUCAAGACGCAGGACGUUUUUGAACAUAAUUUACAGAGCAGAAUACAAGUCGAGCAAGCAUCCGGAUUUACGCCAAGCCUUCCUUUUGAACUACGCGUUGUUGACGCUGCUCUUGCAUCUGUCACAGCGAUACUUGAGGCUGAGCACUUCAUUCUUCAAGGAGAGGUUGAGAAGCGUCUGCCGGAAUCAAAACGGGAAGAUUCGGUUCACUUGGCCCUGCGUGAGCUAUUGGAACAUGCAAAGCGACUGAAUAUGGUUGAACAACAUGCUCGUCAAGUCCGCUCAGCUCUACAAGAGCUGCUUAAUAAUGACGAAGAUCUUGCUCUCAUGUAUCUCUCAGAUCGAGAAGCUGGGAACCCACAUGCUAUUGAAGAUCAUCAAGAAGUCGAAUAUCUCUUGGAGGCUUACUACAAGAAUGCCGACGCGAUUGCGGAGUCUGCCAGCGCUCUUGUUGGCGAAGUCUAUCGUACAGCUAGAGUGACUCAGUCGAUUCUGGACAUCCGGCGAAACCAGAUUAUGAUAUUUGAAGCCCAACUGGAGAUUUGGAUGUUAGGAUUCGCGGCAUCGACGUUUGUGGCCGGUCUUAUCGGUAUGAAUGUUAUCAACUACCUGGAAGAGAUUCCCUAUGCAUUUGGAUGGCUUGUGGGUGGCUGUAUGGUGACCACACUGCUUAUCUCAAGGCUUGGUAUGAGAAAACUCAAACAGUUCCGGAAAAUGCAUCUUUAA